UGCAACACAUCCAUCCUGCGUGGAGCCCUGUGGGCCACAGAAGGCGCUAGGAAAAUCACGGAGCUGGGACCUUACCACACUCUCUCUCUCUCUCUCUCCUUCUCCGACUUCUUUCCCCGCGCGCGUCCUUCCCAGAAAUGCGCGUAAAGCCGAGAGGGCGCCUGGAGUGUGCGUAAAAAAAAAAAAAAAAAAGAGGAAAAAAAAAACGACACGGAAGGGGAAUAUUUCAACACAAGACGCCGAUUGAGGACGUUGUGUUUUUUUUUUGUUUUAUGUUUUUUUUGGUUCGGUUAUUCUUGUCAUUUUGUGCCCGGGAAUGGCGACGCUCUGACCGGGGAAGAAUAAUGCACGGCGACGCGCCCGAGUUGGUUUGAUCCCACUCACCGCGCGUCCGCGUCGAGCAAAAAAAGUCCACGGCCGGAGAACAUCCUCAUCUUCAUCAUCCCUGCGAGUUUGAAGGACUUCUUCAACAUUUUCCCCAACCUCCCCCACCCACCCUCCUCUUCCCUCCUUCUUUUUUUUAAUUCCAAACUCUCCUUUAAGUGCGCACUUGGUUGCGAAGCACUUGGAUGAACUUCCUGAUGAGAGAUCCAGUCAUCCAGGGCUCGAGUAUGGCGUAUCAUCCGUUUAUGCCUCACCGGGGUCCGGACUUUGCCAUGAGCGCCAUGCUGGGCCACCAGCCUCCUUUCUUCCCCGCGCUGGCGCUGCCUCCCAGCGGCUCGCUCUCGCUGCCGGGCGCGCUGGGCAAGCCGAUCAUGGAGCAGCUGAUGGGGGGAGCGGCGGACGCCGGGCUGCACUUCUCCUCGCUGGGCCACCAGGCAGCCGCCGCCGCCGCCGCAGCCGCCGCCGCGCACCUCCGGCCUCUGAAGAGCCUGGAGCCCGAGGAGGAGGUGGAGGACGACCCCAAAGUCCACUUGGAAGCCAAGGAGCUGUGGGAGCUCUUCCACAAGCGGGGCACCGAAAUGGUGAUCACCAAAUCUGGAAGGCGGAUGUUCCCCCCUUUCAAAGUGAGGUGCACCGGCCUGGACAAGAAGGCCAAGUACAUCCUCCUGAUGGACAUCGUGGCGGCGGACGACUGCAGGUACAAGUUCCACAACUCCCGCUGGAUGGUGGCGGGCAAAGCCGACCCGGAGAUGCCCAAGAGGAUGUACAUCCACCCGGACAGCCCCGCCACCGGCGAGCAGUGGAUGUCCAAAGUGGUCAACUUCCACAAGCUCAAGCUGACCAACAACAUCUCCGACAAGCAUGGAUUUGUAAGUUCUACUAAUACCAUACUGAACUCCAUGCACAAAUAUCAGCCUCGCUUUCACAUCGUGAGGGCGAACGACAUCCUCAAGCUGCCUUACAGCACCUUCAGGACGUACGUCUUCCCGGAGACGGACUUCAUCGCGGUGACUGCUUAUCAGAACGACAAAAUAACUCAGCUUAAAAUUGACCAUAACCCUUUUGCCAAAGGCUUCCGUGACACAGGCAAUGGUCGACGGGAAAAAAGGAAACAAUUGGCCCUGCAGUCCAUUCGCUCCUACGAGGAGCAGCAGAAGAAGGAGAACGGAGCUUCGGACGACUCCUCGGGAGAGCAGGCCCCCUUCAAAUGCUUCGGGCAGGCCUCCUCCCCCGCCGUGUCGACCGUGGGGCCCCCACACCUGAAAGACUUCUGCGACAGCGACGAGGACAGUGACGACGAGAGCAAAGAUGGCCACGUCAAAGACGGCGCCGACUCCAGCAAGAUCUCCACCACGACGGAGGACGGCAAAGAUCACGAGGCGAGCCCGGCGAAGAGCCACCUGUUCGGGGGAGGAGGAGUAGGAGGACUAGGGGGAGGGGGCGUCGCCGGAGACCCCAGCGGGCGAACCCGUGACGGCAGCCCGAGGACAGAGCGAGGCCGCUCGGACUCGCGACACAGCCCCGUCACCGUCAUCUCCAGCACGACUCGCUCCGGGGAGGACGUGAAGAGCCCGAGUUUGGAUCCGGCCAAGGAGGACGAUUGCCGGCCGCUGGGCAAGGACUCGUUCGUGCCUCUGAGCGUGCAGACGGAGGGCGCCCACAUGGGCCACAGCCACCUGCCCAACUUCGGAUUUCCCAGCGGGCUGACGGGACAGCAGUUUUUCAACCACUUAGGCGGCGCGCACUCGUUCCUCCUCCACCCGGGCCAGUUCAACAUGGGGGGCGCCUUCUCAAACAUGGCCGCGGGGAUGGGGCCUCUGCUGGCGGCCGUGUCCACGGGAGGGGUGAGCACCAUGGACACCAGCAGCAUGGCGUCCUCCCCGCAGAGCUUGGCUGGAGCUCCGGGCCUGCCCUUCCAUCUGCAGCAACACGUCCUGGCCUCGCAGGGCCUGGCCAUGUCCCCCUUCGGAAGUCUCUUCCCCUAUCCCUACACGUACAUGGCGGCGGCCGCAGCGGCGUCGUCCGCCGCAGCCGCCGCCGCCGCCUCCUCGUCAUCGACCUCUUCGGUGCACCGGCACCCCUUCCUGAACGCGGUGCGCCCCCGACUCAGGUACAACCCCUACUCCCUGCCCAUGACGGUACCGGACAGCACCCUGCUCACCACCGCCGCCAUGCCCCCCCUGGCAGGGGCUGACCUAAAGGGGGACGCCCUGAUCCCGUCCAGCCCCGUGUCGGCAGGCGGGGUCACGCUGGACUCCACGUCGGAGGUGACGAGUCGCACGAGUCGCUCGGUGUCGCCCAAAACUUGCACGGAGAAAGAGGGCGCCAGCGAGCUGCAGAGCAUUCAACGCCUGGUCAGCGGACUGGACUCGCACCAGGACAGGUCAAGAAGCGGCUCGCCUUAAGGGGGACCCCUGCACCCCCCCCCCCCCCCUCACCACUCCUUUUUCCCCCUCAUUUACACUUUUUAUUCACCAUUUUCAUUUUCAACGCAUCCCAAAUGUUUGGAAAUGAUGAACAGGAGAUGAAUGCAGAUUUUGAAAGGAAAAAGAACUGUUUUAGUUUCUGAAAUGCACUUUGGUUUAAUACACAUCUGUAUUUUUUUUUCUUUUCUUGUUAAAUUAAAAAAAAAACACUUAACCUGUCAUUUUGAAUACCGUACAAGUAUUGUAAGUGAAAAGUGGUCAUUGGGGGGUUGAGACAUUUUUUUUUUUUUUUUUUUAAGUUGCUGCUGACUCCUAACUUCAUUCAUACUUACACAUGAUAAAAGUGUUUUUUAAUGUACUUUCCCAAUAUGCACUCUGAAUUUACACAUGUCCACUAAACAUAACCUACCUUUAAGAGACUGCUGUAUUUUCUUGUUCUAUUAAGUCACUAAUUGGCCCCCCCAAAAAAUACAAAAAAUAAAAAUGCGCAUGCCCUUUUUUUCCUCCCAUUGAAAAUGUUCUUUAAAGAUUGCAACACUAUUUUUUUUUUUUUUAAUUGGAGGAAAAUACAAUUUCAACAAAAAUAAAAACAGCUCUUUAAUUGGAUUAUAUAGACUUUUUCUUUUAUUUUUAUUUUUUUCCAAUUGGGCAAAAAAGCAGACAAUAUUAAAUGUAAAAAAAAAAAUAAAAGGAGGGGAAAAUAUUUAUUCAUUUUUUUGUUUUUCCUUUUGGACAAAAUAACCACCACAUUUAAUUAGAAAUACACAUUUUCUUCAUUUCUUCUUUUUAAUUCUACAGACAACAACAAAAAGGCCACAAAGUUCAACACGCAAAGGGAAGCAGAAAAUUCAAAAUGUAAAACUAAAAAAAAUACAAAAAAAAAAAAAAAGUAGCAUUGACCCUACAUGUACAUAUGGAUAUAUAAAAUAUUUAUGUAUAAUUAUUUCAUAUUGUUGCGUGUAAAUAAAAAAAAAGUAGUUUGUUCUAGGGAUCUGUUCUUAAUUUAUUGUCAAUAUAUCUGUGUAAUAAUAAUAAUAAUAAUAAUAAUAGUUUGUGGGCUAUUAUCCUUUUUUUGGUUCCCAUCUACAUUUAUAACCCCAUUCUUAAAACAAAAAAAAACUUAAAAUAUGGAUUUUAUUCCUCCCUUUAAUAUCCACUCUGCUAGUUACUCACACUCCACGUGCCAUUGUAUUUUUCACUUGAUGUCCUCUACGUGUGCGCGCGCGCGCGUGCGUGUUUGUGUGUGACGCGCUACUGUUUUGAAAGCGACAACAACCGCACCGAUGGCUUGAAUUUUAUUUUAUUUUUAAUACAAUUAUUUUCAGAAAAAGCAAAACAAAUGUUGGAGUUGGAUUUAUUACAAAAAACGGUGGAUUUUUUUUUUUUUUGCAGUGAUGGAAAUUUGUAAAUCCGCGAUGGUUAAAAAAAAAAAAAAAAGUGGCGCAUAAUCUUUCAAGAAAAUAUGAAGGUUUCAUUUUUGUUUUGUUUGUGUUUCUUAUCCUUGGGUUGUAUCAGAUUUCUGUCUAGUUUACAACAUCGUGUUCUUGAAAGUUUCAAUAAAACAUUGAAAUGUCCUUUUUUUUUUA